AAAGGCCAAGAGGAAAAAAAAAAAAAAACAUCACCUUGCAAAGCAGCAGCAGCAGCAGCAGUAAAAACCCUAAAGGGACUCAACGAAAGAGACAACCCACGAUUCGUCGUCGUCGACGACAAACGAUUCCCGUCGUGCCCUUUCUUCAAAAUUCUCAACUUUCGUCAUCUUAACGAAGAUAUGUGGAGUUCGUGAAUCGUCACCACUAAUUCCCAAAACCUUUCGGAACAGGAAACUGUAUCCAUGGGCAAGACUGGAAUCAAUUUGUUCGACGAUACGAGUAAUGGGUUUUUCUCAGUUUCCGAUCUAGGAUCCGAUUGGACCCUCAAGAACCCGAAUUACCGCCCGGUUGGAGGGUUAUUCGCGAGUGUUAAUCAAUUAGGAGCAGGAUUCGGGUCAGGAUUCGGGUCUGGAUCGAUUCAGGAUCCUCCGAACAGAGACAACAAUAGCUUCGCUGCUCAGUUCAAUGAUCUAUGCACAAAGUACUUGCCUUUCAAAGAGGAGGAGGAAGAGAUGGAAGUGAUUGGUGAUAAGCCUAAGAAGAAGAAGAAAGGAGGGUUAACACUGAAGCUUAAGAUCUCCAAUCCAUCGUUGCGGCGGUUGUUAAGCGGAGCUGUGGCCGGAGCGAUUUCCAGGACGGCGGUUGCUCCUUUGGAAACCAUAAGGACUCAUCUAAUGGUCGGAAGCGGCGGCGAGUCCACCACUGAGGUCUUCCGUGAUAUCAUGAAGCAUGAAGGAUGGAGAGGUCUCUUCAGGGGUAAUUUGGUCAAUGUCAUUCGCGUAGCACCUGCUCGUGCCGUUGAGCUUUUUGUAUUCGAGACGGUUAACAAGAAGUUGGCUCCGAAGCUCGGAGAAGAGUCGAAAAUUCCCAUCCCAGCUUCAUUGCUCGCUGGUGCCUGUGCUGGUGUUAGCCAGACCCUCUUGACAUACCCUCUCGAACUAGUCAAGACCCGCCUUACGAUUCAGAGAGGUGUAUACAAGGGCAUAUUGGAUGCGUUUGUCAAAAUAAUAAGGGAGGAAGGCCCAACAGAGCUUUACAGGGGUCUUGCACCGAGCCUUAUAGGAGUGGUUCCAUACGCAGCGACGAACUACUUUACCUAUGAUUCCUUGAGAAAAGCAUACCGUGAAGUGAUGAAGAAAGAGAGCAUUGGGAACGUCGAAACGCUUUUGAUUGGUUCUUUAGCUGGUGCGUUAUCAAGUACCGCAACAUUCCCCUUGGAGGUUGCCCGGAAGCAUAUGCAGGUGGGAGCAGUUGGUGGGAGGGUAGUUUACAAGAACAUGUUGCACGCUCUUGUCUGCAUACUCGAGCAAGAAGGUCUUGCAGGUUGGUACAGAGGGCUUGGACCGAGCUGCUUGAAGUUAGUUCCUGCAGCUGGAAUCUCCUUCAUGUGUUACGAGGCCUGCAAGAAGAUACUCGUUGAGAACAACAACAACAUCAGCAACGAGGAAACCUGAGCUCUGCUGCUAGAACUCACAAGGGUAAUUUUGGGUUUGAUCAAACUAACACGGUGGCUCUGGCGAACCAAAACCAAGUCAUGGUUGAUUCCACAAUCACGAGAAUAGCGUUGUACCAAUUGAGUGACACUUCACAUUCACAAUUGAGGAGAUUUGAGUUUUCAAAAUUUUGGGCGGGCACAUUAUUGAUUCUUGUGGAACUAAACAUCCAAAAGAUUCAUUUUUCUC